CCCCUCCCACACCAGCCCUCAGGGUUAUAGAUCCCACCUCUAACUGACUUCCCACCUCUGGUCAUUGCUGCCCAGGGAAGCCGAGAGUCACGGUCUCCAGAUACAGCCCUAGUCUUCUUCUCAGCUCUACCCUGCUUCCUGCUUCCUCCUUGGUCCCAGCUCUGGAUCAGCCCGGAUCCUGGUCUCCCAACUUCAGUUCAGACAGCCCCAGAGCCUAGCGUUUCUCCAAGCAUGACCAUUACCUAUGAAAACUUCCACAACUCGGGGAGCGAGGAGAAAAACCCAGGGAUUGGAAAAGUGGCUCCCCCCAAGUCCUUCCUGCGGAAUAUCUUCUCUUGGACCGGCCUCCUCCUCUUCUCCCUGGGUCUCGGCUUCCUGCUGCUGGUGGUCAUCUCCGUGAUUGGAUCCCAAAGUUCCCAGUUAAGGAGGGAUCUAGGCACCCUGAGAGCCACUCUAGACAACAUCACCUCCAACACGAAGGCUGAACUCCAGGCCCUGACCUCCAGGGGUGACAGCCUGCAAGAGAGGAUCAGCUCUCUGAAAGUGGAGGUGGAGGAUCACAGGCAGGAACUGCUGGCAGGCCGAGGCUUGAGCCAGAAGGUUUCUUCUCUGGAGAGCAUGAUGGUGAAAAAGGAACAGGCAUUCAAAACAGGUCUGUCUGACAUAACAGAGAGCAUCCAACAGCUGGGCAAGGACCUGAAGACCCUGACAUGCCAGCUGGCCAGCCUCAAGAACGGCUCUGAAAUGGCCUGCUGCCCCCUUCACUGGGUCGAGCAUGAAGGCAGCUGUUACUGGUUCUCUCAGUCUGGGAAGUCAUGGCCUGAAGCUGACAAGCACUGCCAGCUGCAGAAUGCCCACCUGGUGGUGGUCAACUCCCUGGAGGAGCAGAAUUUUCUACAGAAUCGAAUAGCCAAGAUGGUCACCUGGAUAGGCCUAACGGACCAAAAUGGGCCCUGGCAAUGGGUGGAUGGAACUGACUUUAAGAAAGGCUUUACGUACUGGGAUGCACUGCAGCCAGAUAACUGGUAUGGACAUGGACUUGGAGGAGGUGAGGACUGUGCCCACAUCACCACUGAUGGCCGCUGGAAUGAUGACGUCUGCCAGAAGCCCUUCCGUUGGGUCUGCGAGACAAAGCUGGCCAAGGAUAGCUAGGAGCCUCCUCCACUUAACUUAUUUCUUCAGUGCCUUUAGCUGCUAAAGCCUGGAAUUUGGAAUCCCCCUAUCCAGUCUGUGGGAGCCCACAAGGUUUUCCAGUGAGAUCUGAGCUUGCUUUACACAGCUGGGCUGCAUUAGGGGAUGGCUUACCAUGUGCGCGGUCACCAUGUGUCUGAGAUGGUCUGCACUUGGCUGUGCUGAGGGGAGGUCUUUUGCCCUCCCCUUGGCAUUCCUUUAAAAGCCCUUUAGCAGAGAAAGAAGGGGUCAGUGGGUUUUGAUCCAGGCCCUCCGGAGGCUGUCCUGUGUUUCUGUCUGUUUCUCUCUCCCUCUAUCUUUGUAUCUAAAUAUUUCUUACUUCUUCCUCCUCAAGAGUACCCGGGGAGAAAAAGUGGAAGCAGGUCUCCCACACCAGUCUCGACAUUCUGGGGGAUUUUUUUUAUUGAGAAUUUUAAGGCAAGGAGAAAGGAUUGUGUUUGAGAUGGGUAGUGUGGUGUUUGGAAGAAUGAGGUUAUUGAAAUCUGUGGUACUUUGUGCAUUGUGCAGCUUAUUAUAAUAAACUUUUGAAUGUAACAAAAA